UGCAAUGCUCGGGGCGCAAUAAUCUUGCCGGAAAGCCGACUGAAUGGAGGAGCCAUCGCCCUCAUACUGAUGUCUCUGCUGCUGCUACUCUGUAUCCUGGUUUUGACCGCUGACUGUAAGGGCUCUGGGAAACAGUUCAUACGUCUGCCUCCUGUAUCUGAGAGUGACUUGCGGACGUACCACACUGAAGGGAAAGGAGAAGACACAAAGGAUCCUGUCCCAGGAGGUAUUGACACAGGAGAUGGAAUUGUUGUGUGUCCAGCAUGGUCUCUUGUCUCAGGAAACGUGACUCCUCCAUCAAAGACCCUGGAUGAAUAUGAAUACUACAAGGCUUUGCAUGUUGCAAAUGAGUUAACACUGCCUCCUCCAUCAAACACCCUGGAUGAAUACGAAUACUACAAGGCUUUGCAUGUUGCAAAUGAGUUAACACUGAUGAAACUUCUCCCGAAGAUCUCAUCCGAGGAAGCGUCAGAAGACUACGAGCCCCGAGAAUAUGCAGACGAAGGGCCGGAGAGUGAGGAUUACCACCUGGAUCCCAUCCCUAUUCUCGAAGAGGAUGACCGGAACACGAUCCGGAGAUGGGAUGUGGACACUAAGUUCAAAAACCUGGCUGUCGUCUGUAGACCAGACCUCUUCCAAACCCAAUGCGGGUUAGUGCCCGUACAGAGUGCAGGGACAUCCCAGCGCCAUAGCCAUGUGGAGCAGCAGAGUCAAUAUAAAGACAGAUCACAAUACCACAGCCAGGUAAAAUACAUAUCCACAUAGUACUUUAUUGCAGCUCAGUGAUGGAUGCUCAAACAGUGUAAUACAAACGGGAGUAGGAUUCAUUUAAUUGUGCUUAUUUGGACUGCACUCACAUGUUUGAUUCACAGUUCUGAAUCAUGACGUAUUUAUGCAAUAAGGAACUGACAGGAUUUUUAUGUAAUUACACUGUACAGACCUCACAGUAUGAGAAAGGGAGAGUAGGCCUACACUGUUAUUUUUAUUAUUUAUUUUUUUUUACACAUUUUUGCACUUUACAAUGUACU